AUGGCUGUGGCCAUCGACUUUGUACACCAUAACAUCGAACCUCUGAAGGACAGGGUGCACCCGGCCUUCUAUUAUCAUGGUCUGGAUGACCCAACUCGGGAGACUACUGAAGAUAUACCCCCUGACGAAGACAUCAGCCGCAUUAGGACCUUCUUUGCAGGCCCUGUUACUAACAUAGGAGCCCCCAGGUCCUUCUCCAUCUAUAAUCCUCCUCCUGAGUCUGCAGCCAAUAAGCCAAAGCGUAGGACUCGCAGGGCUACGGCUAAACGAUCCCUCUCCAAAGCAAUUGCCGAACAAGAUACAAGAGAGAAGAAUCCGAAAAAGCCAAGGCACGAAUACAGGGCACCUCCCACAUCCGACACAUCAUCCGAAUCGGGGAACCCGAAAUUAGAGAGACGGGAAAACCCGAAGGAAUCAGAGAGUGUCGGGGGGAGAGUUCCAACACCACCUCCAUCGCCGCGUCCAUCAUCUGCUCAGGAGCAUGCCGAGGCAGACACCCAAGUCACGGCGAGCGGCUCGAAACCAGUCGAGGCGCCCAAGCCGAAACCAGUGCCAGGCCAACGCAGGCAGUUUGCCAAGAAGGUGACCGACAUCAAUACUGACACUGCCCAGAGUAGCAAACCUUCAGAAGAGUCAGGCGACAGAGGACAACAGUCGGAACAGAGUGCCAGAUCUCAUGCCGAAAUAGCUGACAAAGAAACAGAACCUGUGACACAUACAGAUGAUGCAGUGCUGCCGGAGACCGAAGCCCUUCAGGAUGACUCUAUUACCACUGAUGACGUUGCCACAGCAAAGAUGAUGGUCACCGGGGGUGGUGAGGCUUCUACUAGCACUGCCAAUCUGAACAGGUGUGAGGGCCUCGCUGAUAAGAGCGACUCUGGUCACGUCUUCCCCGACUCUGAUUCAGCAGUGUUAGAGAUACAUAUCUAAACAUAGCAUCUUGCAUAAUUACCAGUACUGGUUCCAAUGUAAUGUUGUAUUGAAUGUCAGGAUGCCUUGAAAAAGCUGGAUGAAUAUCGGGGCGUAUUGGAGAUAUGCCACAAGAAGUACCCCGACUUCCUAGCCAUGGAGAGGAAGAUCCUCGCACUUGAAGAAGAAAACAGAAAACUCAAAUCAGAAAACAACGUGCUGACUAGAGAUAAACUCCAACUGGACAGCUCAUUCAAUAAUUGAAGCAUACUCACGAGGUAAUUUCCAAGGACCUCCAAUAUUCAUACCAAAUGCUCACCAAAGCCUGUAACCUCAACACGACGCUACAGGCCCGGAAGAAGAAAGAUAAAGAGCAAAUCCAACGGCUAGAAGAGGCGUGGAAGAAAACCCAAGAGUCUGAGAAGACCAAAUCCAAGGAGCUGUCCAAGCUUGAAAAGGAGCACUCGAAAUUGUAGAAAGAUCGCGACCGUGAUAUGGAGCGACUUGGCAAAGUGCUUGCAGAGAACAAGGCAAUUUUAGCAGAAAGCCAAGCACUGCUAGACCUUGUAGCUCCAGAAGAAGCGCCCAGGUCGGUCCGAGAAUGGCUUCGCGAUGCAACAACCACAGCACUCCAGUUCUUGAAGAACGCACUCAAGAAGUCAACGGCCGACCUGCUAGCAGUAGCCAAAUUAUAUCAUCCUUCAUUAGAUAAUGAUGUAAUAGCGUCCGGCCCUCCUCCAGAUGUUGAGGAGGAAUAAUAUUACCGGCUUAUGGCCGAAGCUGACUCGACCGCGGCCAAAUUAGCCGACGAAUUCGAGUUUUAAACAGUCAAUGACUUGUAUAUGUGAUGUGAACAGUAUAUUUAUGCUAGCUGAUGUAUAAAAUAUCAACUUUAUUGAAUGCA